GUUUCGCCGCCAUCGGCUCCAGCUUAAAGGCGAGAGAGCUGGGUCCGGGCGAGCCGGGGUGGCCGGGAUGGGUGUUCUCCGCUGGCUCACGGCCUCUGCGCUCUGCGUCGCCAUCCGGGGACAGGACUAUGGGCUCCACCGCCGCCCGCCCCACUUCGGCUCCAUCUACCACGUCCGAGGCGUCAUUAACCUGCCCUACGCUGAGAUCGAGGAGCCCUUCGAAGCCUGGUACAACCUGACGGGAAACAAGAGCCGGAUCCAGUACUACGGGGGGCAGGUGAUAACCUACCAGCUGGCGGCGGUGAAACCCUACGGGAUGCGCUACAAGAUCACGCCGGAGACCACCGAGAAGGAGGUGAACGCCAGAAAAUGCUUCCAGCUGCCCGGCUCCAAGGAGGACGUGGUCAAGGCUCAGAGCGUCUUCCCCAGCAUGGACGGCUUCAAGUUCCUGCGGGAGGAAUACUACCGGGGCCGGUACUGCGCCGUCUGGCAGAACAUCACCCGCUGGGCGCAGAAGAAGAACGUCUACACCAUGUGGGUGACCAACUCCAGCUGCGGGGUGGCCCCCGUCCACUACGAGAUGCGGGGCUACAACAGCCUGCUGGGCUCCCACUACGACAAGUACGAGAUCGCCUACAGCGACUUCGACAACAGCUUCCCCUCCUCCAUCUUCGACCUCCCCGUCAACGAGACGAAGAAGUGCGGGGACCUGCCGGGGAGCUCGGCGGAGCACCGGGUGCUGGCGAACCCCAUGGAGGACCUGGUGGGAAGGCACCAACCUUGGGCCCACGAGGUUUUCCACCACUAUCGCAGGCGGCUGGGGCGGCGGUACGGCUCGGCACGGGAGAUGGAGCACAGGCAGAGCAUCUUCGUGCACAACAUGAGGUUCGUGCACUCCAGGAACCGCGCUGCUCUCUCCUACACGCUGGCGCUGAACCACCUGGCCGACCGCACGCCCCAGGAGCUGGCCGCCCUGCGGGGACGCCGCCGGAGCGGGGUCACCAACAACGGGCAGCCCUUCCCCGUCCAGCUCUACGCCGGCCUCAUCCUGCCCGAGAGCCUCGACUGGCGCAUGUACGGCGCCGUCACCCCCGUGAAGGACCAGGCCGUCUGCGGGUCCUGCUGGAGCUUCGCUACGACGGGUGCCAUGGAGGGUGCCCUCUUCCUCAAGACCGGCGUGCUGACCCCCCUGUCCCAACAAGUCCUCAUCGACUGCUCCUGGGGCUUCGGGAACUACGCCUGCGACGGGGGCGAGGAGUGGCGAGCCUACGAGUGGAUCAAGAAACAUGGCGGCAUCGCCAGCACCGAGUCCUACGGGUCCUACAAGGGGCAGAACGGCUUGUGCCACUACAACCAGUCUGAGAUGCUAGCCAAGAUCACGGGCUACGUCAACGUCACCUCCGGCAACAUCACGGCGGUCAAAGCCGCCAUCUACAAGCACGGCCCCGUGGCCGUCAGCAUCGAUGCCUCACACAAGACCUUCUCCUUCUACUCCAACGGCGUCUACUACGAGCCCAAGUGCGGGAAUAAGCCAGGAGAGCUGGACCACGCAGUGUUGGCCGUAGGCUACGGGGUCCUGCAGGGAGAGACCUACUGGCUCAUCAAGAACUCCUGGUCCACCUACUGGGGCAACGACGGCUACAUCCUCAUGGCCAUGAAGGACAACAACUGCGGCGUGGCCACCGAAGCUACUUAUCCCAUCCUGGCCUGAGCCACCUCCCGGCUCUGCGGGGAGAGCCCUUGGUGAUGCUCCCAGCACCCACCCCUGGAUCGGCCCCUUUGGUGCAAGCCACCACACGUGAAGAAGCUGGGGACAUGGUGGGACAGGGCCACGGGGAGCCGGACAAAGGGCUGGAGGAGGACCCAGCUGCGAGCUUGCC